GCUAAGCCUUAGAUUCAUCUUAAUAAUUAUUAAAUAUACUUCAUCUCCUACGAAACUGCACCUGCACCUGGUCUCCUGUUCCGGAAACCUACUUUUCAAAGGUCGAAAGCGCAGUCGUCCAGCUUCCGCUUUCGUUUGUGAUAUAUCUGUGAUAAAUCUGAACUUAAAGCGAAGUUAAUCCUACCUGUGGCAUAGUAAAAGAACUGAGCUUCCUCGCUCCUUCUGCCAUUAUUCAUGAUAAAACAGGAAAGUCAACCAAGCAUGACUUCCACAGCCUAGAAGACCACUGACUCAGAUCCCACGACCACUCGCAGCAGUCCGAGAACCAACUACAGGUGCAUGGGGUGAGGGUGAGGGAGGGGUGGGGUGAGAACCUCCCUUUAUCUCUGUUGUCUAGCUUUUAGGUCCAUCCAAACUUCACACUCGUUAGACAGCACACUAACACCUGUGUCUGUGUUCAUGCAGACAUCCUGCGUGUGCGCGCCUGUACAGUAAUCAUGGCAACAAAGGAACUCAUUGUCCUUCUUGUUCUCAUCGAUGUCGCCUGUGGUGCUGUGCCAGACUACGAGUACACGGCCGGCACGGUGAAACCUUUGUUCGACCAGAUGUACGACUACGGCGAAUUCAAGAAGAAGGAGACUGGAACCAGAUACCAUCAGUUUCUGGUCGUGCUGGUUGCUUCUAUCUCCGAAAUCACAAACGUUCCACAUGAAGAUCUUACAACACAGGACGGGGUACUCCACUUUGAGAAUGUGCGCUUCAAGAACAGAGUAAGAUUUGUGCUAAACGACAAUCAACACGCUAUACAGGAAUUCAAUCCAAACCGUCCUUUGCACGGAGAAAUGCAGUGUAUUCACACAGGAAUACUUGAUAAAAUGAUCACAGAAUAUAAACGAAUAAAAGAAGGACACGAGUUUCCUAUUGUCUUGAUGUAUUCAUUGUACAUUCCCUGUGCGAAUAUUCCAGACCUUAGCUACUCUUGCUCAGAAGAGUUAGCAAUCUUUGCUUGCCGUCGUAGACAGGACGCACACUUCGUGGUUGCGUAUUCUCAUAUUUACAAUCGUACUGAUGAAAAGAAGGCGGUUGAGUUUCUGAGCACGGCAAAUAUACUUGGAUUUAGAUACCAGCGAAACUCACAGGGGACCUGCGAUCUCGUUUCUCCUUAUGAAGUCAAAUAUACUGAACGCCAUUUGCUGCUGCAAGAGUUGUUCAAGUGUCUCAACAACACCAUUAGUCGAUCUCGGUUUCCAAGGAAGCCGGCUGAUCGGACAGAAAUCAUUGCAUACUAUGUCAACAGCAUGGCAUACGAAUGUUUCGGACAAGAAAAUGGCAGACUUAGGGACCAGAACAGACAACGUGUGCAAUCAUGCUUUCAUAUGUAUGCUAACAAAAGUAUUGGCUUUGAAAGUCUUCUCUCCAACAUGGAGACUGUCAACAAGGACAAGCAAGACAUCGCUGGUUGCAUUACGAACGUCUUCGCUCUUCCGAAUUUGCUGCCUGGACAACCAAAAGAUCCUUUCAAUCCAUUUUCAGACACUUGGAGCAGCACAGCAGAUCCUAAACUUAAUGAGACCUUUCCUGAAUCUCCGGCAAGUCGCAGGGGACCUCGCCAAAUGUGUGUGGAACCAGAGUUGACACUGGAAUCUCUGUGCACACAGAAGGGAAAACAGCGAAGAGGUCUGAACAUACAGAAGCGUCGAACACCAAGAGCAGCAGCUGUAGUUGAAAAGAAAAUGCUUGCUGCAAACAGAAAAGGAGCAAGAAAAGGAGCAAGAAAAGAAACAAGAAAAGAAACAACAAAAGAAACAAGAAAAGAAAAAUGUUAAGAAAUAAAAUAUUUUCUGGAAGUUUAAAAACGUAAUGGAGUGAGAAAAAAUUAAUUAACUAAAGAACUAUGACUAAAAAUGACCCCCUCUUUUUCCGGACAAAAAAACAACAACAACAACAAACAAACAAACAAAAAAAAAAAAAAAAAAAAAAAAA